UGUGUUGUCAUACUGUGUGUGUGUGUGUGUGUGUGUGUCAGUGAUGUGAGUGUGUUUUAUGGAAUGAGCGUCUGUGAGGAGGACGAGGAGCUGCAGAGCUGGGGCUGGACUGACCUCUCCAGCUACUCCUCAGGGCUGUUGGACUCUGAGAAGGAGCAGCACAUCGAGUCGUUCCUGCAGACGGGGAUCAUGUCCAGACGCAGCCUGCGUCUCGAUGACAGCCUGUUGGACCGCAGUCUGCCGCACGCCAGCGCCUCCUUCAGCGUGGGAGGAGCCGGCUGGAGGAGCAACAGGUCGUUGAAGUCUCGUCGUUCUCAGCAGCUCUCCUCCUCCUGCUCGGAGUCUCUCCUCCACACUCCUCGUAAACAGACCGGUCACUCGUUUCUGAACAGCAGCCUUCACAGCGUGGCCUCCGACGCCUCCCUGCUCUCCUCCAUGCUGGACGAGUCCUCCAUCCAGGAGACCACGCUGCUCGACACGCUCUGGGGUUUGGAUCAGGACAUGGAUCCUAAAGAGAGCACCGUCGUCCUGGCAGACCGCACGCUGAUCGCUUCAGACAGCUGCUGUCCCAAACACCAGCUGCACACGCUCAGUAAGGUUUACUGUAAAGACUGUGACAAGCUGGACAGAAAGUACCCCUCCCUCUCCCCCCCCUCCUCUUCCUCCUCCAUGCAGCCCCCAGGCCCGGACACUUCCAUCAUCUACAGCCGCAAGAGUCGCACGGGUGUGCUGGUGUCUGUGUGGGACAGGUCGGCAGCCUGUGUGUUCUCCCUGCUCUCUCUGCUCUACCAUCACCUGAUGCUGUGCAAACACAGAGACCUAACAGAUGUGCUGCAGCUGUGCGUGGACUCGUCUGUGCUGUGUGUGAGGAGAGCUGCAGCCUGCUGUGUGUGUGUGCUGACACACACCUGGCAGGCGUGUCGGGGGCGGGCCUUAAAGCUCUCUCAGGUGGUCACACAGACCGAUAGCAGACACAGAGGUCGAUCGAGUCACUGCCGAGUCAUGAGCCUGAAGGAGUCCACCACCAGCGACAAGGAGGAGACCCAUCCCAACGGCUCUCUGUGUGACGACUGUAAGGAGAAACAGCGCUCCGAGAAAACCGACUCUGUCUCCUCGUCUUCCUCGUCGGGGUCCUCAGUGACUCUGUGUUUGUCGGGGCGGAUGUGGAGCGCUGCAGCUUUCACAGUGUCGUCUCUCUACCAGCUGACUCUCCGAGCAGCCUCGCUCCUCUGGACUCUCACCGCCAACAUCUGUGCAGCUUCUGUGAGCGCCGGACGCUCUGCAGGUAACUCAGCAGUCAGUGUGUGCACGUGGCUCAGCGGACGAUGGCGUAAAAUGAUCACCAGCUUCCCCCUGAAUCGGCAAGUUUUUGUUUUUAUUGUGCCUUUAUUUUUAAAGACAGGACAGUUUCCUCUCAGACUCCUCCUGCUGCUCCUCCCUCUGCUGCUCCUCUUCAGUGUGUGUUGGUUCGCUCCAGCUGGUCUGUGGUGGUCACUGUUUCCAGGCGUCAACGUGACAGAGUGGAGGGCGGUGCUCCCCGACGCCCCCGUCCUGUCCUCCAUCUACAGCUCAAUGUCCCCACAGAGCCGGCCAGCAGAGGGCGCUGUGGAGGAGCCGCUGUACAGCCGACCCACAGACGCAGAGCGAGGAGAGGAGGUGCUCUCACGGCCUGAUUCACAUGAAGACCCGGCGGCGUUGGAGGAGUCCGUGCGGUUCGUCUGUCUGGAGCAGAGUCUGACGACGCUGUGGGAGCUGGUGGAGGCCGGCGGGCGGCGCGAGGAGCAGAGACACAGGGAGGUGAUGCGUCUCUACACCGAGCUCCAGCAGCUGGUUCCUGCUCGGAGCGACGGGGACGAGCGCUGGCUGAGCGACCUGAUGGAGACGCAGCUGGAGCAGCUCAGGACACGAGUGGAGGAGGAGAGACGGAGCAGAGAGCAGACUCGGCAGCAGGACUUGUUGCAGCAGCAGAGCGAGUCGACUCGUCUGGAUGAGCUGGAGCGACAACUGCACACUCUGGCUGAAAGAACACAGGAGGUUCAGUCGAGACAGGAAGUUGCAACGACAGGCUCACCUUUUCCUCAGACAUUUCCUGCCGCUGUCAGGCCCCCUCCUCUCAGAUGUUGUGUUUUUGUCUCUAGCUCUCCCGGUGUCGGUGUUGACCGUCACUCCCAUGAUGCCUUGCUGGCGGAGGUGGCGAGGUUAGAGGCGUCUCUGGAGGACGUGAGGCGGGACGUGGAGAGUCUGUCUGCGUGUGACGGCUGCAGAGAGAUCGACAGAAUCCAGCAGACGGUCUCUGCUCAGGUCUCCUCUCAGGUCCGUGAGGAGGUUCGCUCUCUGGUCUACGGUAACGGGCUGGCGUUGAGGGGCGGGGCAUCUGCAGACCUGCCCGAGUCUCUCCUGCAGUGGCUCUCUCAGCAGUACGUCAGCGGGGCCGACCUGCAGGGGGCGCUGGCCUCUCUGGAGCUGAGCAUCCUGCAGAACAUCAGCCUGCAGCUGGAGCGGCGCGGCAGUGACGACACGCUCAGAGAGACCGUCCUGAACGCCGCUGGGGCCGCUGUGACCGAGGAGGACGUCAAUGUGAUUGUGACGAACGCUCUGCGGCUGUUUUCUCAGGACAGAACCGGCCUCGCCGACUACGCUCUGGAGUCUGGAGGGGGCAGCAUCCUGAGCACCCGCUGCUCUCAGACCUACGAGACGAAGGCCGCUCUGCUCAGCCUGUUCGGAGUCCCCCUCUGGUAUUUCUCUCAGUCUCCACGAGUCGUUAUCCAGCCAGAUGUUCAUCCAGGUAACUGCUGGGCCUUCAGAGGUUUUGUGGGCUUCCUGGUGAUCCGGCUCUCCAUGGGGGUCGUCCCAACCGCCUUCUCCCUCGAACACAUCCCUAAAGCCCUGGCACCGAGCGGGACGCUGCGCAGCGCCCCCCGGGACUUCAGCGUCUACGGUCUGGAUGAUGAAGUUCAGGAGAGAGGGAAGCUGCUGGGAACGUACACGUACGAUGAGGACGGAGAAUCCCUGCAGAGUUUUCCUGUUUCUGAGGAGAACGAGCAGGCGUUCCAGAUCAUCGAGGUCCAGGUGUUGUCAAACUGGGGUCAUGAGGAGUACACGUGUCUGUACCGCUUCAGAGUGCACGGGACGCCGCCGCAAACGUCUGACGGAGACGCUGCAGGAAGCCAAUCUCAAUGACUCUAAAAAAAAAAAAAAAAAAUGUGGAGACGCAGAGAAACGUGUCGAUGGAUGCGUUUGUUCACCUGCUGCUACCUGACCAACCUGUGCCUGACUGACCCCCUCUCGGGUCUCUGGGGGGGGCGUCCUGCUCUCCUGUGGAGAGAGGACGCAGCUCGGAUGUGAUGUCAUAAUCCUGUUCAAAGUUAAUAUUUUUAAAUCAGUGUUGUUUUCUAAUCGCUGUUAAAGGUCCGUCAUGUUUUAGCCUUUUUUUUUUAUUUGGUAUAUUCCUACAGAGCUGUUUUACUCACGUCUCUGCUGGACACAUUACUCGCCGCACGUUAAUGAAACUGAAUUAUUCCCCUCGUCUUCCUCCUGGCUGUGAAGAGAGAGAUAGACCGGAUUUCUUCACUUCGUCCACUUGAAGACGGUUCAGUCGCUGCUGCCGCUGAAGAAUUUAACAGAUUCACCAAAAAUCCUCAGUUUGUCUUUUUUUUAAAUUCUUUCUUCGUCGAUAAAUUCCUCUUCCUGUGUCAGCAUGCGAGUAUUUUUCAAGAUUAAGUUCCAAAGUUUUAACAGAUUCUAACAUUUUAUAUUUUGGAUGAACGAAGAGUUAAGUAAUCUCCACGGCAACAGUCUGACUCUUGAGUGUGCAUCGUCUCUCACAGUGGCAGACUUUCAAAGUGUCCUUGAACGCCCCAUCAGGCGGCGCCCGCUCACAGCUGUAGAAAUGUACACAAACCUUUAGUGACAAACAAAUAAAAUGACUCAUGAAUACUUUUGCACUGAAGGACUCGCCUGCACUUACGUCUGUAAAACUUUCACGUUAAUUUAUUUCUUCAGGUUACUGGAAGAUGAAUUUAUUUUUAUAAUUCUUUACGGGAUGUUUUGAACACUUUUUUUAUGUGAUGUUUGUGUUUUUUUUUUUUUUGUAUGUGAUUUCAAAGUGAAGAUAAUAAAGAUGAGAAAUCUGCAGUUUUUUAAUAA